CUUACUGGAUGUUUGUUUGUUAUUAUCUAAGGUUGAAGUAUGUCCCGGGUCCCUUUGGGGAAAGUCCUCCUGCGAAAUGUCAUUCGUCACACCGAUGCCCAUAACAAGAUUCAGGAAGAGUCAGAAAUGUGGAAAAUACGAGAGAUGGAAAAGCAAACUGAAGAAGUACAUCAGGGCAAGCAAAAGAGUUUGCUUUCCAAUUCUUCCAGUAGCCGGAUGCGUAGCGACGGUUUUGAUGAGGGCAGCCAACACAACGACUGGAAGGUGAGGAAUUUUGCUCCUGUAUCUGUGACGACGGAAGAUGACCUCCGCCAUGCCCGGUACUGGAACAAGAAGCUCUACGAAUGUGAAGCCAGCAUGCCAGACAGAUGGGGCCACAGUGGCUACAAAGAACUGUAUCCGGAAGAAUUUGAUACAGACAGCGAUCAACAGGAACGAGACAAACAGAAUUCUCUAAAUGGAAAAAGAAAAUCUCAGCCUGGGAGACGGUCCUCGCUGGAGCUGCACAAAAAGAAAAAGGCCAAAAAAUCACACAAGAAGAAGCGGAAAAAGAAGUCGCACAAGAAGCGGAAGAAGAAGAAAAGGGAGCAGCUGAGCGUGACAUCGGAUUCCUCCCAAGAAUCUGAAUGUUCCGAGGCCAGCGCUUCGGGCACAGGGAAGCAGAGGCAGCAACGCCACAAAAAGGCCAAGAAGACCCCGACCAAGCGGCCGGCCUCUUCCUCAGGGCAGGACAGUGGCUCCAGCGGCUCAGAGGACAGCGAGCCCAGGGGGAAGCUGGAGAAGCAGCCGAAGAAAAAGCGAAGGAAACACUGCUCUUCCACCUCAGAAAGAUGCAGCGAAGGGGUGCAGGAGAAGCGCAGCAAGAGGAAGAACUGGAAAGUGGCGGCUGACGAGAAGUCGGAGGACAGCUCCGACGAGGAUUAAUGAAAAGGGACCA